AUGGAAAAUAACAGCCUAUCUGGUGAGAUCCCUAGCUCAAUGGGCAUCCUGAAUUCACUUAUGUUCUUGAUACUGAGUGGCAACAAACUUUCAGGGGAAAUUCCUUCUUCACUGCAGAAUUGCAAGGACAUGGAUAGUUUUGACCUUGGCGAUAAUAGAUUAUCAGGAAACCUUCCGUCAUGGAUAGGAGAGAUGCAAUCGUUGUUGAUUCUACGCCUGCGAUCAAACUUGUUUGAUGGAAACAUUCCCUCCCAAAUGUGCAUUCUUUCCCAUCUUCAUAUAUUGGACCUCGCACAUAAUAAUCUGUCAGAAUCCGUUCCUUUUUGUUUGGGAAAUUUGAGUGGCAUGGCUACUGAAAUCAGCAAUGAGCGAUACGAGGGGCAAUUGUCAGUUGUGAUGAAAGGAAGAGAACUCAUAUAUCAGAAUACUCUGUAUCUCGUGAAUAGCAUUGAUCUUUCAGACAAUAAUAUAUCAGGGAAGUUGUCUGAAAUAAGAAAUCUUUCAAGACUUGGCACCUUGAACUUGUCCAGAAACCAUUUGACAGGAAAUAUACCAGAGGACGUUGGGAGCUUAAGUCAAUUAGAAACUCUGGACCUCUCAAGAAACCAGCUCUCUGGCUUGAUUCCACCAAACAUGGUUUCUAUGACUUCCUUGAAUCACUUGAACUUGUCUUACAACAGACUAUCUGGUAAAAUUCCAACAAGCAACCAGUUCCAAACCUUCAAUGACCCGUCCAUAUACAGGAAUAACCUUGCACUCUGUGGGGAGCCUCUGGCAAUGAAGUGCCCAGGCGAUGAUGGGGCUACUACUGAUUCUUCAGGUGUGGAUAAUGAAGAUCAUGACGAUGAACAUGAAGAUGCGUUUGAAAUGAAGUGGUUCUACAUGAGCAUGAUGUCACGGACUUAG